AUGUACACCUUGGAACUUCUAUUGAUUGAAAUGCUGGGAACCAAUGAAGACAUCAUAAAAUUCAAAGCAAAAUAUAGCCUAGCUGCUCCAGCUUACGUGAAAAGUUUAUUAGGAAAAUGUUUAGAUCUGUAUGGAGUCAGAAAAAAAACGAUAGGAAUUUUGAAGAGAGUUCAUUUAAGAGAAAAAAUGAUCAAACACAUCAGUAAAGCUCAAAAAGAAGAAAGAAAAGAAAUAGCUAUAAAGAUAUGCAAAGCUAAUAAGAUUUUGAAAGAAAAGAUACAAAAAUGAGUUGAUGAUUUAUAUGUGCCUUUCGAGUCAUUUAUAUAUGGAGGGAAAGAUUAUUUAAGAAAAAUUGAAGAAGAUAUGGUCUACCUCCAAACAAUGCUUGAGUAA